AUGGUGGUGGGGAAUCCAUGGUGUGGAAUUCAUGGCGGAUUCCAUGGUGGUAGUGGUAUUAUCGGCGCUGGAAUCUCCAACGGCCCAAGCGAGUGCAGGUAUUGGUGCAAGACUCCGGAGGGUCAAGCCUACUGCUGCGAGACGGUGCACGAACCAGAGACACCUGUUGGCACCAAGCCACUCGACUGCCCACAAGUCCGUCCCACAUGCCCACGUUUCCAUGGGCCCCCCACAACCUGUUCCAACGACUACAAGUGUGCUGGCCUCGAUAAGUGUUGCUUCGACAGGUGUUUGGGAGAACACGUGUGCAAGCCUCCCUCAUUCUUCAAUAACCAUCUCCCCUUCUAAAGGU